AUGAUCGACAUAGGGAAGCUAAAUCGUGUCUGGAGUGAGAAAGAAGCAAUGAAAGGCACGAAGUGUGGUCUCACCUUGACGAAGCCAGGAAGUCCGUUAGGCAAAUGGAGUCCACUGAUUUUAGUAUGUGCUUUGGUGGCGGUGGUUGCCGCAGCCCCAGACCACUACGGACCACCUCAGACCGCCUUCUAUGGCUUUCCCAGUCCAGUCAUUCCCAUCCUCAAGGACGAGCGAGAGGGACCUGAUGCGUCUGGAGUGUACAGCUUCGAGUUCGAGACCGGCAAUGGCAUCAAACGAGAGGAACAAGGUGCCCCUCGAGGACCAUCUGGCGCAGUGGCCAUGCAAGGAGGAUGGUCCUUCACCUUCCCCGAUGGCUCUCCCGCCGACGUGACCUUCGUCGCCGACGACGCUGGUUUCCGCGUGGAGUCCGACCUGCUGCCCACGCCCCACCCCCUCCCCGCCCACGCCAUCGCCCAGAUCGAGAAGGCUCGUCGGGAGGACGCAGCUGCUGCCGCUCUGAGCGGGCGUUACUCCGCCCCUCGGACUAGCUAUGGAUACCCUCAAUAGGAUCUUAA